GCAGGCGGGUAUAAAUAGAGGGAAAAGAAAAUCAGUAGCAGUUACCUGAUCAUGUUUUGUGUCAACAUCUGAGCUGGACACCAAGCCAACUUGACAUCUGGUACCAUGAAGGGUUUGAGGGGCAUCACGUUGAUACACUUGCUCACCCUUUUGCUGCUUGCAUCCUUCAUCUCACACUCAUGGAGUGUGCCAAAAGGCUCAUUUCAACGAAGAAACUGGACCCCCCAGGCAAUGUUGUACUUAAAAGGCACACGGAUUUCAAGUGACACCCUAAAACAAGAGGGUCGUAGGUUCAUCUCUGAGGACCGAAAAGAAGGAGAUGUCUAUGACACGCUACACUUAGAUACCCGCAGUCAGAACACAGAGAAGCUUAGUGUUGAUCAGGCAGCUACGGUGCUGCUCAAGUUCCUUCAGCAGGCCAAAGAAGGAGCUGAUGAGGCUCCAGAUGAAGUGUAUUUCCAGGAGCUACCAGUGUGGAAGAGAGAAUACUUCUGAAAGCAGCAGCAGUCAUAUUUUAUUUGUUUUUGGUGUAACACUGUCAAAAAGCUCCAUUGUAAAUAUGAAUAAUUUUACUGUGUUUAAAGUAACAUUUAAUAAACAGUUGGGAAUUGAA